AGUUUGAAGAAGGGUUCCGUCCCGAAACGGCGUCUGCCCAUUCUCCCCACAGCUGCUGCUUGACCCGCCGCGUUCCUCUGGCACUUUUUUAUCAAGAUAUUCCUCUAGUAUCUUUGCUUUUUAUGCUCAAGAGUUGAGCAUUUGCAGUUUCAUUUGCCGCCAGUAUUCCACCUAAUACUUUCUGAACCUAGUUUGCAGGGUUUGUGCAGCAGAAGGAGUUGCAGGCGGCGGCCGCUUGGCGGUGGCUGGAGCGGGUUCCCCGCGGGGGAAGGUGCGAGCUACGCCGUGCCUCGCCUCCCUCCCUCCCUCCGGCCGACGUGCGGAAGAGGCCGGUCCCGGCUCCAGGAGAGAAACCCACUAACCAGAGGCAGCGAUGGCGCUUCGAGAGGAGUUGCUGAAAGCCAUCUGGCAUGCAUUCACGGCCCUGGAUGUCGACAAAUGCGGCAAAGUGUCCAAGUCUCAACUCAAGGUUCUCUCACACAGUUUGUGCACAGUUUUGCAAGUGCCUCACAAUCCAGUGGCUCUGGAAAACCAUUUUAAGGAUGAUGAUGAAGGACCAGUAUCCAACCAGGGAUACAUGCCAUAUUUGAACAGGUUUAUCUUGGAUAAGGUUCAACCCAACAGCUUUGAUAAAUGUGACUUUAACAGAAUGUGCUGGACUCUAUCUGUUAAGAAAAAUCUGAACUGCAACACCUUAUUGAUCAGUGAUGACGAUGCCUUCAAAGUGUGGUGUAUCUUUAACUUCCUCUCAGAAGAUGUGUAUCCCUUGAUCAUAGUCCCAGAGGAGAUUGAGUAUUUCCUCCGGAAACUGACCGAGGCAAUGGGAAUAAAUUGGCAGCAGGAGCAGUUUGAAGAUUACAGAUCUCAUCUUGGAGACAAGUGGAGUGGCCUUUCUGUUUGGGAGUUCAUCAAAAUGGUUGGAUCAGGAUUGUACUCGAAGGCCAUGAACAGACAAACAUUGUCAAUGGCAAUCAACGAAGUUUACUGUGAACUCAUCCUUGAUGUCAUGAAACAGGGCUAUAUGUGGAAAAAAGGACAUAAGAGAAAGAACUGGAAUGAGCGCUGGUUUUUGCUGAAGCCUGAUUUAAUUUCGUAUUAUGUUGGUGAAGAUUUGAUGGAGAAGAAGGGGGAGAUUUCAUUGAAUUCUAAGUGCUACGUGGAGUCUCUACCAGACAAGGAUGGGAAGAAAUGUCUCUUGCUGAUAAAAUGCUCUGAAAGGAGUUUUGAGAUUAGUGCAUCUGACAAAAAAAAGAAACAAGAAUGGAUCCAAGCUAUUCAAACAGCCGUCAACCUACUAAAGGACGAAAGGCUUCCUCCGCACAUGGAAGGUCGUCAGAAGCGGCGGGAACUACGGCAGAAGCAACAAGCGGAGCAGGAAGAGAUAACACGGAGAAUGAAGGAGCUGCAGUUGGCAAAUGAAGAUAAACAACAAGAGUUGGAAAAAAUGCGUAAGGAACUAGAAGAGGCUGCAGAACAAGCUUCACUUGAGGAGCAGAAGCGUCUGCAAACUCAAAUGCAAUUACAAGAUCGAUUUAGGCAGGAACUUGAACGAGAAAAAAAUAUCAGAGAGCAUAUGGAAGAGCAAGUGGCUCAAAAGUCUUCUGAACUGGAACAGUACUUGCAACGUGUCCGUGAGUUGGAGGGCAUGUAUAAGAGGCUUGAGGAGGCCCUUGAAGAUGAGCGUCAGGCUCGACAGGAUGAGGAAUCUGUUCGUAAGCUUCAGAGCAGAUUGCUGGAAGAGGAGUGCAGUAAACGACAGGAUUUGGAGAAGCUUCAUUUACAGCAACAACAAACGAUCCUAUUGACUGAAGCAGAAAAGCAAGAAUUGGAAAAUGAGAGAGCUGAAAAAGAUCAGGCACUGGAAGAUGCAAUGAAGCAACUGGAGGAGCUUGAGUGGGAGAGACAGCAAGCUCUUGAGCAAUAUGGGGAGGUGGCAAAAAAAUUAGAGUUGGCAGCCAGUAAGACAAACAACUGGAAAGACAAGGUGGCACAACAUGAAGGAUUGCUCCGACUUAUACAGCCAGGUUCCAAGGGUCCUCAGCUGAUCACUAAUUGGGGACCAGCAGCCUUCACAAAGGCUGAGUUGGACCUGCGGGAAAAGACCUGGCAAAAACAAAAAAACACAGCAGCACAGUAAUCUGUCAUUUAACGUAUGAAGUAUUGGACUGUAUUGUGCAGGAUAAUCACCUGAGUACACACUGGAUGGAAGUGCCAAGGACAUAUUCGUCGUGGAAGUAGUUGUGAUUAUGACAAUGAAGUAUUUUAUACUAAAGUGUGAAUAUUUAGUGUCCAGAUAUACAUCGGGAGGACAAUUCAUUUGGUUAAUGUGUAUUUUUAUUAGGCUUUUCAAUAAAUGUUUUCAUUGCUUCAAAUAUUUUUAAAUUCUGCUUUCAGCAUUCUAUAAUGUUUGCAAUAUGUUUGAAAAGGCUUGUUUUUGCCUUGUCUCUUUUAUUGCAUUUACACUGGAAACUUAGAGCCAAAUCUGACUGACUUAGUUGAGUAACUUUGAAUUAACACAAGGUAAAGUAAGCUUGCAUUAUGGAUUUCAUUUAUAGAGUUGCCUUUUUUUUACGCAAGAGAGGCAAUUGGUCAGAUGCUUGUGCAAUCUCAAUUCUAUGUCACCACUUGUAGACCCUGACCUGGUAAUUAUUUAGUCAAGUGCUUGAUAUUCUGUUUAAAUCAACAGGAUCUCAAGUUGCGCAUACCAAUAUGUUAAGGUGACAGAUACUAUUUAGAUAUUUUUGGCCAUGCAUUCCUUAUUUACUAUAGUAGUAUGAGUCUUUCCAAAUCCUAAAAUCCAGAGGCGAUUAGACUAGAUUUGGAUUAAGUUUCCAAAUUUUUUAACCGAUGUGUCAGUAGGGUGGUACAGUCGCACAUCGAUAGAGUUGCUGCCUUACAGCACCAGAGACCCAUGUUCGAUCCUACUGGUGCAGUCUGUAUGGAGUUUGUACGUUCUCCUCAUGACCUCCAUGGGUUUUCUCUGAGAUCCCGGUUUCCUUACACACUCCAAAGAAGUACAGGUUUGUAGGUUAAUUGAAGGCUUGGUAUAAUUGUAAAUUGUCCCUAGUGUGUGUAGAAUAUUGUAAGUGUUUGGGGAUCGCUGGUUGGCGCUGACUAGGUGGGCCGAAGGGCCUGUUUCCGCGCUGUAUCUCUAAACUAAAGUGAAAACAUUCACAAAGAAAAUGAAGGAGAUGAAUAACAGUGAGUGCUCUAACCUGUUACAGAACGGAAAGCUUGUCAGAAUUUUGUCUUGAGAUUGCAAGCACUAAGGAUGUGGAAAAUAUUGUCCUCAGUAAAAUUGCUGAAUUGCAUAUGUUUGUACAGUGACUAAUUAUUUGUUAUUUCUUAACUUAAAUCUUAAUUGAGCGUCAUAAUUUACUUGAUUUAUUGAUCUGAAAUGCUCCUUGAAAAAUUGCGUGGAUUAUUUUAUGAUUCAAGUUUGCUAAUAAAAAGCAGAUAUUUUAGACAGCUUUUAAGGUAGUGGGUGUGUCUUUUGUUUUAUCUAAAUGCAUAUUAGGAGUGAAUGCAAGCUAAAUCUAUCCAUUGCAAUUUUUGCUUGUGCAUUUUAUAAACUGAUGUACUACUAUUGAAUGUUUCUCAAUUGAAAGAUACUCUGGUCAAUUGAAGUGAAUCAGUUGUAUUCUAUUCACAUCCACCAAAAAGCUUUGAAGGAUUGAAUUGCAAGUAAUUUAUUCUUUUAAUCAUUGCCUACCGCUCAACAGGUUUGUUAAAACAAUGGUUGAAUACAUGCACGUUCUACAUGCCAAUGGCCUUUUCACAAGUAUAACAUUGUGUUUAUAGAAAUAAAUUGAAAUUUGUACAUGCAUGAGACCAAGUGGUCCUAUAGUGAGGAAUAACAGCCAAUGAAAAUACAAAAAUAAAGGCUAAUUUCUUGAAAAUACAUUUUGGCAGAAGAGGCCAAAGCAGCUAGUGUGCAAGGAAACUUCAUUAAUCCCAAAUGCAUUUUUACCCUAAAACAUUAUGCAAGUUCUGUAUAGUUUUGUCAUAAUGAUUGCAUUGAAAAUUUGUAUUGGCAGAAGUCAUGCGAAUUGCUGAUGUUGUGUCUGUUUAAUUUGCUUGUUGGUGAGAUGAAUGGCAGUGCAGUAAAGUCAAUUGGUUCACUGAUGAUCUGAACAAAUAGUAUUCAAGCCACACUGAAAUAAUCAGCCGAUUUAUCCAGUUUAUAUCAGCAAUGUGCCAGGUUGCAUCCAUUCUCUGCUGAGUUAGCUGAUUUCUUUCAGAGUAGCCAUCUAGUAGAAGGCAACAUUGGCCAGUUCUCAUUCCUGAGAUGCUUCUUAUUAAAGAUACAAUUAUGUAGGUUUUGAAUGGGGUUAAAGUUAACAUGAUUUUCAGAGAAAAGGAACAGGUGAUGUUUUGUGUCAAGAUCCUUCUUCAGACUGAAAAAGGGUCUUGACCCAAAAUGUCACCUAUUCCCCUUUGUCCAGAGGUGCUGUCUGACCCCCUGAGUUACUCCAGCUUUAUGAGUCUAUCUUUGGUUUAAAUCUGCAUCUGCAGUUCCUUCCGAACCAUUACUUGAGAUAUUACUGUGACCAUGGAUGGCCACAUGAUGGGUCAAUGUCCUCAAGCAUGAGGUAAUACAUAUCCGGCUGUAAACAGUCUACUUCCACAGAACAUUUCGAUCCUGGAUGAAUGAUGGAUUUGCAAUCUUUGCAUCAAACAAUAUUUUCCAAAGGAGUUCUUAAUGAAAUGUAUGAUAUUCUGUGGGAAGACUUUCGAACAUGCUCUAAUGUCUGGGAUCGACAUCGUGUUGAAUUUCAACUUCACAGCUAUGGGACUUUCCAACUUACUGGGUAGAUCUCUGCUGUCUUUCUCAAUUUGCUGCUCACCAUUGCAUCAGACAGGACACCCAGGCACUGUAUAAGUGAAGAAAAUGAUUUCAUCUAUUUUGAUGGGGCACGUCGGGCACUGGGAUCUACCAGCAUUGCUGGCUUUCCAUGGGUAGAUUUAGCCGUUGAUGGCACUCAGGUCCACAAAGACACCUCUCAAUAACCACGACAUUGUGAACUGAAAUUAUUUCACUUUCUCAACGUGCAGGUCAUUUUAAAUAACAAUAAUUUUCUCUUAAUGAAAGCCAUGCUUCUGUGGUUCAAAUGAUUCCUUCAUCCUGAGAAAAUCUUAAAUUACGGAUCUUUUCAGUGAAUGGCAGUACGGGGAAGGAUGGGUUCUGAGGAUAAGGUUACCUUCAACUACCACUGGCUGACUCCCCGUACUAAUGUGUAGAUAUGAGAACCUUGCAUGUACCAGGAUAGCAGUGAAAAGUGCCAUUGAUUCCCUAAAGAUGAGAUAGUGUUACCUCCCUUAAUCCAGAGGCUAUUGCAGCAUGAAUCAAGGAUAUGUGGAGACUUAUCAUUGCAUGCUGCAUCUGUAUAGUUUAACAAACCAUUGACCACAGCCAGUUGGAGACCGAGUAAGACCAGCCCUUUUACUCAGGAGUCUGGGGGUCAUGGAGCAAAGCCUAAAGGUCUUUAAGAAGGAACUGCAGAUGCUGGAAAAUCGAAGGUACACAAAAAUGCUGGAGAAACUCAGCGGGUGCAGCAGCAUCUAUGGAGUGAAGGAGAUGGCAAAGCAAAGCCUAAAGGUCUGUUGUAUCAAUAGGACCAGGGGCAAGUGACAGGUUCCAGGUUGAUAUAUGUGGGUACUUGGCACCCACAGUCUCAUCUUGUUAGCCAAGCGCUAGCUAUAUGUGCUUUCAUGAUGAAGAUGCAAAAUUAGAUUUCACAAAACCACAAUCCAAUCUUCAAUACCAAGAUAAUGCUGAAAUGGACAGAUUUCUGUUCCAGUUACUUUAAGGGCUUGCCACAACUUCUCUAUAUUUCCUCACGUGGAUCUUGGUUAGGGAGCUCAGACGGCUGCAUUAAAAAAGAAUGUUUCCUGUGAGGAUCUCCACUCUGCUGAAGUAAACUGCUGUGCUGGUCACCUGGACAUAUCUUGUGUGACCAUGCAAUUUCCUUUGGCAUUGCUUCAUUGUGUGGGAGAGUUCCUGGAGGAGGCUACUGAAGCCAGGCGUAUCAGGAUCUUCUAAUGGUGGACCAGGCAGGUCUCUUGGCCCUCUCUCUACAUGUUGCCCAGGAACUUCCUCCUGAGCAUCAUCACAGGUUGUGUCUGAAUUAUUAUGGAAAUUGUGGCCUUCUCUGCAGAUUUUCUUGUUUUGGCUGUACAGGGAGCGCCUUUAAGGGUCCAUUUUGGAACAUAUGGCAAUAAAAAACACUCUUCUCUGGAUUCUCUUUAAAUGCCAUACAGCAAAGUAUCAGGAACUACGUGGCAUUUGGUGAGGUCCUAUAAAGAAGCAUGUUGGUCCUCUCUCAGUGUUUUUUUCUGGGUUUAAACCAUGCCUUGUUUCAGCAUGAUUUUUGUUUUUACAGUUUUGUGGUUCUUUGUGGGGAAACUCAACUGGGUGCUGGCAACAAAUGCAGCUGUCUUUUAGCAUAUCAAAAAUAGGAGCCAUCCAUUUUCUAGGGAGAUGUUAUUAAGUGUUACACUGCCCAAAACCUAGGGAGAUGUUAUUAAGUGUACACUGCCCAACAUCUUGAACCACCUUGAUACUUUACAUGGCCUGUUCCAUUGGAACAAGUAGGGUCUUCAAGAAAGGAAAUGAGAGCUAGGCAAUGUUUUCUUUGAAAAUGGCUUGACCGUUUCAGUAAUUUUAAAAAAUGGCAAAAGGAUGUUUAGGGAAGCCACUGUGUGUACCUCAGUUGGUGUACAAAGAACAACAGAUUUGAAUACAAUUUUAUUAAUUCAAACUCCAUUUGAAAAUGUGUUAACAUUGUUAACAAAAGUGAACAUGUAUACUGUUUUAUUUGGAAAAAAUAUAGAGAAAGAGGGCAUAACCUUCAUAACAGGCUUCUAACUGAAAUAUGUAUUUUAACUUGGUUAUGUUAUUCGAGAGAAUAAGAUUUUUUGUCUUUGAUAAAAAUAAAUUAGAUAUUUUGGAAACUAUGAUAUUCACUGUAGAUUCAUUUAUUAAUUUGGUGAGAGUUCUCUUGUUCUAUUACUCCUUGACUUUAACUGAAUUCUCUUCAAUUAGAAUUGGAAUCUUAUUAUUCAUAGAUCAGCUGAAAUAAUAGAAUUUGUGUGGAAAAACUCGUCUAAUAUUUCAAGGUUCACAUUUUGGCAAUUUACUGUUAACAUGCUUGAACUAAUGUUCGUAACCGCAGAGAAACCGACUAUUGUACAACUAUUUGUAAGUCUGUUUUAAAAGCAGAAAGGCGUUAAAAAAUAAAGAUAUACAUCAAA